AUGUCACCACGGCCAAAGGUCUUUUUAGACGUCUCGAUUGAAGACAAACCAGCAGGCCGUCUUGUUUUUGAACUGUUUGAUGAUGUCACUCCCAAAACAGCGGCCAAUUUCCUGGCUCUUUGUACUGGUAGCAAAGGUGUUGGAACUCUUGGUAGACGAUUGUGGUAUAAAGAAAACAAAUUUCACAGAAUUAUCAAGAAUUUCAUGAUCCAAGCUGGUGAUAUCAUUGAAGGAGAUGGCACCGGAGGAGAGUCCAUUUACGGCCCCAGUUUUAACGACGAGAAUUUUAAAAUCAAACAUUCAGAACCGUUUCUUCUUAGCAUGGCCAAUGCCGGCCCCAACACCAAUGGAUCACAAUUUUUCAUCACCACUGUUCCUACUCCGCAUCUUGACAACAAGCAUGUUGUAUUUGGCAAACUGAUUGCUGGCAAGCGGACUGUUCGUGAUAUUGAGAACCUGUCUGUAGACCCUACAAACGACAGACCUGUGAAAAACGUUAUUAUUUCUAACUGUGGAGAUGUUAGUGGAUUGACUUUAGAACAGGUCAUGGCAUUGUCGGCCAUUCCUCCUGAAGACGGAACUGGUGACAAGUAUGAAGACUACCCCGAAGACGAAGAAUCUCUAGCUUCUGACCAGAACCCCGGUCCUGCAUUAGUCGUCAUCAACGAAAUCAAGACCAUUGGCACUAAACUGUACAAAGAAAAGAGACUCGAGAAAGCAUUAGAAAAGUAUCGUAAAGCCCUUCGGUACGUAGCAGAGUUCAUGCCAUACUCUAGCGACGAGCAUCCUAAAGAGUUUGCCGAGUUCUGUAAAGCACGAGUCUCACUCAACCUGAACAUUGCGCUCGUCGCAGCACAGCUCCGUGACCACAAAACCGCCAUCAGCGCUGCCAACGCCGUCAUCGAAACAACAAACAUUACCGACCAAGAAAAGGCCAAAGCCCUCUACCGGCGAGCCAUCGCAUACAGCCAAUGCCGCAACGAAGAAAAAGCACUCGUCGACCUCCAAUCCGCAGCAUCUCUCGUCCCCAACGACAAAGCAGUCGCUGCCGAGCUCGCCAAAGUGCAAUCCAAAAUCAACAAACGAGUCGAGUCCGAGAAGGCUGUCUACUCCAAAUUCUUCUCCUGA